AUGUCGUCGACUGUCAGGAGGCCUAGCGCGCAAGUGAUCGCGUUGCUGGUCGUUGGGAUGCUUGUUUGCGGAUGCUCGAACAGCUUAUGGACCAAAUGGCAAGAUAUGCAGUGCGUCGCCAAUUGUGGCCCGCUUGACGACCCGACGACACGCAAGACCUUCGAGCAGCCCGUCUGGCAAACGGCAACCAUGUUCGUCGGCGAGACGUUCUGCCUGAUCGCCUUUUCCCUCAUCAACUCGCGCUUCAAUCUCUUUGCGCGGCCCGUCAAGGCCGGCGUCAGCCUACCUACGGACGACGUCGUUGUCGAGGGAAAGAAGGAGACGAAGAAGAUGCGGUUCGGGGACGCCAUGUUGUUCUGGCUGCCUGCGGUCUGCGAUAUUCUCGGCACGACCUUCAUGUCCAUCGGCCUGCUCUUCAUCCCCGUCUCGGUUUACCAGAUGCUCCGAGGCGCGCUCGUCCUCUGGGUCGGCCUCUUCAGCGUCCUCUUCCUCCACCGCCGCCUCACUCGCGCGCAAUGGGUCGCCCUGGGCGUGAUCAUGCUCGGCGUCGGGAUCGUGGGCGCAGCCUCGCUCAUUCAGGACAAGAAUCCGGCAACACAGCCUGAGGCGGAGGGCGCAGAGAAGGACGUGUCGCCGCUCGUCGGAGUUGGGCUGGUGUUGCUUGCGCAGGUGUUCACUGCCUCGCAGUUCGUCAUCGAGGAGCGCAUCAUGGAGCACCACUCUGUCGAGCCCCUCCUCGCCGCCGGCUACGAAGGCAUCUGCGGCCUCCUCACCACUCUCUCCGGCCUCUUCCUCAUCUACCGCUUCUACGGCUCGACUGCCGCCGGCAGGGGCGGCUACUUCGAUGCCCCUGAAGGCUGGCACCAGAUAAUCGAGCACAAGUCGGUCUGGUCGAGCAGUAUUGUGAUUGCCAUCUCGAUCGCGCUUUUCAACUUCUGCGGUCUCGCCGUGACCCGCUCCGUCUCGGCCACCUCGCGCUCAACCAUCGACUCCUGCCGCACCCUCCUCAUCUGGGUCGUCUCGCUCGCGCUGGAAUGGGAGUCGUUCGUCUUCCUCCAGGUCAUCGGCUUCGUCCUCCUCGUCUACGGCACAUUCGUCCACAACGGUAUCCUCGCCUUCCCGCACUGGACUGGCCUGCGCGAGAUCGAGCUCCCAGGCGUCGAAGCGGACGACGUGCCCGACUCGGACUACGACGACGAGCGCAACACGACUAGUCCUGGAGGUAUCGCGACGCCGCCGUUCACGCCUAGCCCGGUGCAGAGGCGCACGGCUGAGACGCAGCCGCUGCUCAAGACUGCGCGGGAGUAG